UUUUCUGCUGAAUUCAAGGCAGUGAAUCCAAUGCAGCAAGUCCCAGCCUUGAAAAUUGAUGGCAUCACCCUUUCUCAGUCGCUAGCUAUAAUUCAUUAUCUAGAAGACACCCGUCCUAACCCCAGGCUCCUGCCCCAAGAUCCAAAGAAGAAGGCCCAAGUCAGAAUGAUCGCAGAUCACAUUGUUUCUGGCAUUCAGCCACUCCAG